GCCCGCGCAUUGACGCCUGAGCGCGUGCCCGCUCUAUUAUUGUCAUCUCGGUGUUUUCAGCUCGGUUUCGGGCGGAUUCGGUUCUGCAGGCUCUGCUCGGACGAUGUCUCUAGUGGAUCUGGGGAAGAAGCUCCUGGAAGCUGCUCGUGCUGGUCAGGAUGAUGAGGUGCGGAUCCUGAUGGCCAAUGGAGCACCGUUCACCACUGACUGGCUAGGCACGUCUCCUCUGCACCUGUCAGCUCAGUUCGGUCAUUACUCCACCACGGAGGUGCUGCUGCGGGCCGGCGUCAGCAGAGACGCGCGCACUAAAGUGGACCGAACACCCCUGCACAUGGCGGCGUCUGAGGGUCACCUGCGCAUCGUGGAGCUGCUGCUGAAGCACGGUGCGGAUGUGAACGCUAAAGACAUGCUGCAGAUGAGCGCGCUGCACUGGGCCGUGGAGCACACACACACCGCUGUGGUGGAGCUGCUGCUGCGAUAUGGAGCCGAUGUUCACGCGCUCAGCAAAUUCUGCAAAAAUGCUCUGGACAUCGCCCUGGACAACAGCUGCCACGAGCUGGCCCACGUCCUGCAGGUGGCGAUGCAGAACCAGAUCAACACUAACCCGGAGAGUCCCGACACACUGACCAUCCACACGGCGGCUCCGCAGUUCAUCAUCGGGCCUGCAGGAGUGCUCAAUCUGGCGGAUCUGGUGUCGCCCGCACACAGCAGCAAGCCCAGCGGUGAGACACACACACACACACACACACUCUCCUCAAUGAGCCUUUGUGCUGCUGAAACACACCCAACGUCACACUGA